AGAGCGCAUGCGCCACUCUCCUCUGCUGCUGGCAGGCGUCGCUUCCAUGAAUGAGCUCAGGAAAACAGCGGUCACAUGAUGUGGGAGGAGGAGCUGUCGCGUUCCUGCCUCUGCCUGCCACAGAAUUGGGACUUCAGUUAGCUUGCAGCUGCGGCAAGGAAAGCAGGAGGUGUAAAGAAAGAGUAAUACCGUUUCCUUUUCGCAUUUUUGGAUUGGAUUUCCAUUUCUGCACGGAGGUUCAUUUUCCUGUGUGAGGGUUUUCAGAAAAGUAUCGUGGCUGGGAAGAAGGAUCUGCAACAGCUCUGCCCGUGUACAGUGUAGCGGAGGUUUGUCAGCUCUUCGGGUCACCUUAGCUUUGCGGUGUCCCCCCCCUCUGACUGGCAGGAUGUAUUUCUGAGUUUCACACAAUGUGACCCCCCUCCCCGCCGACCCCAUUAGACAAUGCGGUUUGGCAGACGCCUACAGGGAGUCCUACUGCACCCGGGGAGCCACAACAACCCUUUAUGGCAACAUAUCUUCCCUUCAUAAAUAAAAGCAGAAAGUGGCCAAUUAGGAGGCUGGUUUCCUACUGUCAUUCUGGGGAUUCUUCCUGUACAUCCUCUAUGUGUUGCUUCUCUUCUAGGAUAAUAUAACCCUGGAGGUGCUUUGAACACAAGACAUUUUUUUUAUUGCACAUGAAUUGCCAAUAUAUUCAUAUUUUUCCAGUUUCUACCAUUUGCAUAGGAUUGUGUUAAAUAUUUUGUAACUUUUCAGGGGGGGACAUUCCUCAGCUUGCACUUUAAUUGUUUAUGAGACCAAAGGAUCAUUUUAUUGUUCGUGGGUACAGACUGGGUUGAAGAUGAUUCCCAGGCGCUCCCUGCAGUAUCUGAACUGUUUGCCUAUACUGGUCCUUUUGCCCUGUUCUAUGGUUCAGAGUGGGUCAGAUACGGCCAAUGUGGAAAAUUACAGUGCACUGGUAAACGUCACCAUUCAAGACCCAAGUAGCAAUCCAGUGCUCCUAAGAAUCGAUGGAGGACGCUACGGACUGGACUCUGCCAAAACGGAAGCCAAAGGGCUCCUCCUGACACCAGUGCACAUCCAUGGAGCGGCCGAUCGACUUGGUUGUGAUCCUCAAACACGUUUCAACGUCCCACCCAACACGAAGCACUGGAUAGCGCUUCUGCAGCGAGGCAACUGUACGUUUAAGGAGAAGAUCCUGCGUGCAGCGUCUCAUAACGCCACCGCUGUUGUAAUCUACAAUAACAACUCCAAGGAAGAGACCGUCACUAUGACACACCAAGGCACAGGGGACAUCGUUGCCAUAAUGAUCUCAGAGGCAAGAGGCAGAGAAAUCCUGAGCUACGUGGAGAGAAAUAUCUCUGUACUUAUGGCCAUAGCAGUGGGCUCACGCAACCAACCGAAGAAUUUUAGUCGGGGCUCCUUGGUCUUCGUUUCAAUCUCAUUCAUUGUCCUGAUGAUCAUUUCUUCUGCUUGGCUGAUAUUUUACUUUAUACAGAAGAUAAGAUACACAAGUGCUCGAGAUCGGAACCAGCGCAGACUUGGGGACGCAGCUAAGAAAGCGAUCGGCAAGCUGACCACAAGGACUGUCAAGAAAGGGGAUAAGGAAACCGAUCCAGACUUCGAUCACUGUGCUGUCUGCAUCGAAAGCUACAAGCAGAAUGAUAUUGUUAGAGUGCUGCCGUGCAAGCACGUUUUUCACAAAGUAUGUGUGGAUCCCUGGCUAAGUGAACACUGCACCUGCCCCAUGUGCAAACUAAAUAUUCUGAAGGCCUUAGGAAUUGCUGCAAACAUACCAUGUACGGAUAAUGUAGCAUUUGAUAUGGAGCGACUAACCAGAAGCCAGCCAGCAAGUCGUAGACCUGCACCCAGUGAUGCUACAGAGGAAGGAUCCCUGGCUUUAGAAUCCUUGCGUUCGUCUGGAAUAUCGCAGGUCCCUCAUGAUGUGGAGGUCAUUCAAAGGACUGGGGAAAUUAACAUUUCUGUGACAAGUAGUCUCUUCUUUCACCGUAACUCACUAUCCCCCCGGAGCCUGGGCUACGAGACAGAGUUGUCCACUAUUGAACCUUCGCUUGACAUUUACGACGAGAACAAAACUUGAGCUGUUCCUUCAUCUGUUCUUCUGUCAGAUGCCCCACCAUAAUUGUCUUCUCUUAUCCCCAUCCUGCGUUACCAAAUCACCAACUGUCCUGUUGUGUGUCCUCUGUCUGAAGUGAUGAGCCCAAAGUCAAAAGCACAGUGCCCUGUCCUCUCCCACCAGUGAUUUGGGAAGCAGCUUCAAAAGAGAGCACUAGAUCAUGAUGAACUUUGUGCAUGGAAAAGCACAAACAUCUAGUGUUUUUUUUUUUUAAUCAGUUAUCAGCAACUUGAGCUCGAGAGAAAUUGUGACAGAAUCACUUCUGGGAUCUGCUAUAACAUUUAUAUCGGCAUUUAUUUAUCACGGCAGAGCUGCAAACACCGGACGAGAACUAUAAAUAUUCACUCUGUAAUUCCUCACGUACUUUGACAUUUUGCAUCUCUAAUAGUUGGAAUUGGAACACCAAUAACAAGCUUUUUGGGGAUUUGAGUUAUGAAACGACCAAAGGUUCAUCAGGAACCCAAUAGCCUGGCAGUUAUUGUUGUUUGCACUCUAUGGGGUGUGUGACAUUCAUUGCAUCUUUUUUUUUUCAGUGCAGUAUUAAUAAUAAUGGCUUUGGUGGAAUGAGCAGACACCAGGCUAAAACACAAUGGCGAAUCAAAAUUUCCUUUCUACUGUAUUUUGUGAACUGCAUAAUUAACACCUUUAUUUGUUCUUUCCAUGCAGUAUGGAUAUAAGUGCAAUCAAGUGGAUACUGGUGGAUACAACAAGAGUUUGUUUUUUUUUGUUUUUUUUAGUCUACGGAGCUGAUGGCACUGGUUGACUGCAUCUUUAUAGUUUGGCCUAUUUUUUAAUAGGAUGGAAGGAUCAUGCUAAGAGGACCAUAAAACCAUUUCUGGCCAGUGCAAUGCUAGAUCUGUGUUGUCACUUACAAUACUGAUAUUCUUUUCCCAAGAUAAUACAGCGACGCAUUGUACACAGGAGCUGUAAGACAUUUGUAUUCGCCUGCCAUUCAGUAACAAGAGCUAUGUUUUAAGGCCUAGGCUACACAACAUGGCUGUGUCCAAGGAACAAAUCUAGAAGCUGUUGUAAUAACCAUGUUUCGCUGUGGUUCCUGAAAAGGUGAUAUUUUCACAGCUCAUCGUAACCGUAAAAUAGGUUACCAGUGUGAAAAAGAUGCAGGCAUCAGUAAAUGCUGGACGGUGUUUCUCAGCUGAGAGAUGCUUGGUUACAAAUGACUUGGGUAAGUGUGUAAUCAUUUACAGCAUUGCUCCACGACUGGAGAGCUCACGGUGGAGUGAGGUGGGAGGGGACCUUUUCCAAGUAGCAAGGACGACCAUUACUAACCUUGUUAUUCAGCAAUUACCUGCCAGUUAAGCAGCAGUCCUCCUUUGAAGGGACUUGGGAACUGCAAUAAAUGGAAAUUCAUUGAACACUUUUAACCAAGUACCCUGUCAUUUUAACAGUAUGUUUUUACUUAAAGGGAAACCAUAGCCUCGUUAUAGUAGUGAUUAUAUUUAAUACUAUUAUAUAAGCCAGUCCACGAUUUCUCCACGAAACAUUCUGUUUGUGUAUGUUAACAUGCAACUGACAUGAAGCUAUGGAAUUCUGCAAAGACCUUUGGAGAAAGACACUAUCUUGUGAUCAAUAGAUUAAGGCGGCCAUAGACAUAACAAUAACGAUAUUUUUUGGAAAAGAUCUUUCCAAGAAAGAUGUUCCUUUUAAUACACACGUGUAGAGCUGAAUCGUCAGAUAUACAGG